AUGAGUAAGGUGAAGCGCGAGGAUGCUGGUGACUACACUGUGGUGAUCGCCAACGAGCUUGGCGAGACUAGCGUCACUGUGCACCUGAUUGUGCUGGACAAGCCCUCACCACCACGCAAUCCGCAUGUGACAGAGAACACGGGUGAUCGCGUAGUCUUCCACUGGGAUGAGCCCGAGUUCGCAGGCCUUGAGCCGGGCGGUGCGCCUCUUGAGUAUGUUGUGGAGAUGCGCGAGGCCACACAACGCGUGAACAAACCAGUGACUAAGACGGUUGAGCUCUCUACACCGGUGGAGUCAUUGAGUGUAGACAAGUCCUACAUCUUCGCGGUGGCAGCCAAGAACACAGUUGGCCAAUCGGACUUUGUGGAGACAAAGCCCGUCUCCACGAAGUUGCAGUAUGGUCCACCACUGAGUCCCGUGAACGUCAAGGCAACGGUGAAUCCGGAGAAGGCUCCGGUGAGUGACCAAUCAGUGGAGUUGACUUGGGAGAUGCCAGCGGAGGCUGGACCAGUGCCAGCCGAUGUGACGACCGAGUUCGUGGUGGAGAUGAAGCCGAAAGAUGCAACACGUUGGCAAGAGGUGGCCAAGGAUCUGACGGAGCUACGCGUUACUUUGCCCACCGACAACAUGAAGGAAUUCACCGACUACGAGUUCCGUGUGACAGCAAAGAACAAGGCGGGCACGAGCAAGCCUUCUCAGCCAUCCAAUGCCAUUCAAUUAGGUAUUCCGUUGGAGUUCAUUCGUGAGUUGCCGAAAAUUGUUGUGACCGAGGCGCCAUCGAGGGAGAAGCCGGUGGUGUUGGAGUGCGAGCUCUCCAGAAAGCCGAAAGAGUCGGUCAAGUGGCUGCACAACGGAAAACCACUGCCAUCACGUCUUCCCAAGGGUGUGACGGUGGAGGAGGAGAAGCAGUCCACUAUUCAUUGCAUCACUUUCACAGAACUAACGGAGGAUGAUCUUGGGGAGUACACUGUGCAGGUGGAGAAGAUAGCCUCAACUGGAGGAGUGGAAAUGAGGGGUGAGUGUAUUGUGCGGCACUAG